GUGUCAUUCUUCUUCUUCUUUCUUGUCGUCUUCUCUGGGGAUUUGAAUUCCUCAUUCCUCUCUCUCUCUCUCUCCUCGCUCUUCGUUCAUUCGGCCUUUUCCUUUUCUACUUCUUCCAAGUCCUUUUCAGUCUCCCUUCUUCUUUCUAUUUUUUUUCCUCCUUUCUUUCAUCCCUCUCCUCUUAUUAUUGAUUUUCCCUUUCGGGCUUCUUUUUCCCUCGCUUCCUGGUUCCCUUCGACCCGAUUAGGAAACCAAGUGAUCACACAGGAAAACCAAAAGAAAAAAUAAAAAUAAAAACAAGAAAGAGAGGAAGUGAGGACGAGAAGAAUCAAGAAGCAUCAGAGAAGAAGAAAAAAAGUCGCACCAGGCCUCUGGCAGAUGCAUCUCCCGUCGUCAGCCAAUUUAGAUCUCUCCUUAUACUUCCACCUCCUCAGUCGCUGCGGGUCGAUGUAAGCAGCUUGAAAAGAACCAUGUCUCGUCGUCGCGCAUCCAAUAGCGAGUCGCUAGCGUCGUCCUCCUCGAUGAACGAAGCGUUUGCAUAUCCAUUUUCCAGCAUGCAGCAGAAUCAUCAGCCCCCGCGGCGCGGUCCGAUCGAGGGCCCCAACGGCCGGAGGCUAAUCCGUAGAGUCACCUGGCGUUCCUCCACCUACAAGCUAAUGGCCUCCUUGUGGGUGUUGGGCGUCUUCUACAUCGUCUGGCUCAUCCGUGAUAUCUUCUAUCUCCCCUUCAGCCCCUCCCAGACCUUCCCCAUCACCCUGGCGGGCCCCAACCAUGACUUUCUGGCUGAAUAUGCAGGUCAUCGUCAGUGUGGCCUCUCCUCGCUGUCACUCUUCGAGCCGCCGCAGGACACCAAACUGUACUGCCAGACCCGCGACUCCUUGCUCAAUGCCAUGAGCAACGGUGGCCGACAUGGGUUUGAUGCGGCCUAUACCUCCCAAGGCUGCUCUUAUCGCUGGUUUUCCGUCUCCCAAGCCUGUGACGUCCUGCAGAAAUUCGACGGCGUGAUUUUCAUUGGCGACGAGUCCCUGGCCGACAUCUAUGCGGGAUUUAACAUCCUCCUCCGCCAGAACCUGGAAUCUGGCUCCCUCAAAGAUUGGAAAUUCAGCAAGGACCAGGCGGAGAAGUGCAAAUGCGAUUCGCAAUUCACUAGCCCUCUGUGUGCCCCACUGCGGAUUACCUCCAGCGACCAGGCGUAUCAACAGGACGGUCCCGCAGCGGAACGGAGCCCGUACCGGUGUUCAACUCGGGUCUCCCACGGCUUUGUGCCCAUCACCGGCUCGCCCGCUUCCAAAAAUGCCCACGAGACGUUUCGUCUCCGGGUCUCCCAGGCCACCGGGAAGAGCCGACCGGUCCCGGUGAUCCACAGCCUGUCGCUCUCAACCUCGCAUUCGUUGUCGACCGCCCGCAGCAGCAUGGACGAAUGGCUGGCGUCAGCCCAGUCGAGUGGACGCGACAUGCCGUUCCUCUGGGUUGGGCCCAAUUCCCCCGGUCACCAAAAUUCCCCGGGCGACAACGUGCGCGCCCGCAGUUGGCAAUAUACCCUGGAUGCAUCGGACGCCGCUCGAGGCAAGGGGGUCGAGUCGCUUGGCAUGUACAACGCCACCCUGCAGGCCGACAGUUGGGAUGGCGUGCAUUACGGCGAGAAGGUCGCUGUGAUGCAAGCGAUGAUGAUCCUCAAUUGGCUGGCCGCCCUCUAGUCUGUCCUCUCUCCGUCCGGGGGGUAAUGGUCUUCCCAUCCGGGGGUUGAUAUCGCAUAUGAAUGACGUCUUUCACCGAAUUGGCUGAUUGCUGAGUUUCGUCCGUUACACAGAUAGACCGUGUCGCCUGUCCCGGUCGUGUUGAUCUGUGUCACACUCAUUUACUAAAGCGCUUGCAGAAUUUUGAUAGAGACUUUGACGCCUGGUCUGACUGGACUCCGCGGAGUUACCGCUGGCCGGGUUAUUUGCAUUUGGAUGGCGGUGGUCUGUCUGAUAUUCCUAAAUAGAGAAGUUCGUUUAUUGAAUCUUGCACGCACCAGGUGCGAUCUGAAAAGUUGGAGAAAAUAGGAUAUGUAUAUAUUUUGAAUUAACCUCUCUCCCCUUCCUAUAGGUGCUUUGUUUUGGAGAUACCCAGCAU